AUGAAGCCUUAUUCUUCGUCCUCAUCAUCCUCAAAACGUUGGAUGCACGAUGUGUUCUUGAGCUUCAGAGGUGAUGACACACGCAAAGGCUUCACAGGCCACCUCUACAUGACAAUGGAAGAGUCUGGGAUCAACGCAUUUAUUGACAACCAGCUAAGAAGAGGGGAAGAAAUAACAGCGGAAUUGGUGCAGGCAAUCCAAGGGUCCAGGAUCCCCAUCAUCGCCUUCUCAAUGAGAUAUGCUGAUUCCAGCUGGUAA